AUGCCGUUCUCGAAGCGCGCGGUGGAGCCGCGGUGUGUGUGGCGGAGUGAGCGCGAGCGCGAGGAGGAGCGCGAGCGGGGCUCGAGCCCGGACCGGGACCUGCGCGCGCUGUGCGGUGCGGCGCUCGCGCGCACUCUGCGGCAGCUGGCGGACGUGGCGAGGCACGCGGGCUCCGUGUUCGAGGAGCUCGAGGAGGAGCUCGCGCGGACCGAGCAUAGGCUGAGGACGCUGCGCGAGACAGCGGGCAGAGUGCAGCGGCACGUGGGCCAACUGGAGGCCAAACAGGAGGCAGUGCCUGUGUCGAAUCUGGACGUUGAGAGUAAGCUGACUGCUCACUAUCAGUCGGUGUUUCACCUGCAGAGGAAUGUGUUUCUCCCAUCCACUCGGCCAGCCUGCGUGGAGGAGCUGCACCGAAAUGCCAAACAGAGCCUACAAGCUCUGUACAGAGAUCAGCAGCAGAGACAGGAAGUGAGUGAAAGAGAGAGGAGGGUGACCAUCUCUAUCUGCGCGGCUCCGCCCAUUCCCACUUACCCCUCCCCCCACUCCCUCAGGAACCAGGAACACCUCCAGACGUUUGAGAGCGCCCGAUCCUCCUCCCCUACUGAAUGUUGCCAGUUCUCCCGAUGGAGCAGAAAGGAUGUGGAUGACCCAGACUCAGAGGGCAUGGCUCUAGGGCUCCGGUCCAAGUGCCCCAUCCCUAACGUACCCUCCACACUGGAUAAACAGACCAACUGGAGUGGAGUUCUACCGCUGCCCACCCCAGAGGACAGGAUGAAGAGCCAGUCGCAGGCCAUCGGGUCCUGCGUCGUCCCCAUCAACGUCACAGGGGUCGGAUUUGACAGAGAUGCCAGUGUGCGCUGCUCGCUAGUCCAUUCACAGUCUGUGCUACAGAGAAGACGGAAGCUGAGGAGACGGAAAACCAUCACAGGCAUUCCCAGACGAGUGCAGCCAGACCUAGACUCUGAUGAGUCCCCGGUAGCUAGAGAACGCACAGUGAUAGUGCAUGCCAGUCCUGACACUUGCCAAGAGGAUCUCAUACUCUCUCGUCUUAACACCAGGGACUCUGGUUGCCAGACAGACGACCUCUUGAUAGUUGCAGCAGCACCGUCACGUAGACGGAUAAGAGCUCAGAGGGGACAGUGUGGGACUGUGUCACUCUCCCAUUCCACAGGGAAUAUCUCCUCUCUACCGGAAAGCUCUGAAAUGAUGUUUGCUGCCUCUGUUGGCUCCCGUUUGCGCUCCCGUAGCCUGCCUCGUGAAGGUGGCCGGUUACUUGAUGAUGGCCACAAUAGUAGUGAUGAUGAUGAUGAUGAAGAGGAAGAAGAACUUUCCCCGUUUGAAGCAGAAGACUUCCUUGCAGUACCAGGAGAGCACAUGCUGAAAGAUGAAGGAGAGAGCACUGAUGACCAGGUACCGCCAGAACGGCAGCUAGGAAGCUUGAAGUUCAAGCAGCUACCUGAGAGCCCAGAGCAUGUGUGGAUGGAUAGAGGUCGGUCCCACCUGCCUCAUAAAGCUGACAUGGAAAGUUGUGAGAUUUCAUCUAGCUCUGACACAUUCAGCAGCCCCAUCCACUCCAAUGCUGGUAUACUGACCAGCCAGAUGGAUCACAAGGAGGACCAUCAGUCUUCCAGUGGCAACUGGAGUGGCAGCAGCUCCACAUGUCCUUCUCAGACGUCAGAGACUAUUCCUCCUGCAGCCUCACCCCCACUUACUGGAUCCUCACACUGUGACUCAGAGCUGUCUCUAAACGCAGCUCCUAAUGCAAAUGAAGACUCUACAGGCUUCAUUAUUGAUCCAUACUCUGGGGACAGGCUUCAAGGUCUUCGUGGUCACAGAACGGGCUCUUUUACUUCCACUGCAACUGACAUGCUGGAUGAUGCUGGAGUCAGCACUGCAAGUGAAGGUGAGUGGAGUUACCCUCAGCAUAGGCACAGCACAUCCUGCCACCAAGACUUCAGCCCUGAACACUCCAGGGAAGAGGAAGGUAGCCUAGAAUGCCCCAGUUUUGCUAGCAUAGCCACGAUUGAGAGCCUAGAUAAGCCUCCCUCUGAAAAGGCUGACACCAUGUCGCACUUCUCUGUGGAUGCUGAGGGCUACUAUACCUCCAUGCACUUUGACUGUGGUAUUAAAGGUAGCAAAAGUUUCACUUACAACUAUGCAUCAGUGGACCAGCAAAAGGAAGACUACAGAGGUCACAGUCUUGGGAGACGCAGUCUCUCUCUGCGGAAACCAAAGGUGAAGCCAUCACCACCAAAACGUAGUUCGUCCUUAAAGAAAAUCAGCAGCCACGUUGGCCCAGCUCUGGAAACAAAUGAACCAAAGAUAACUGGUGAGCAACACCUACCAAUGUCUUCCAAGGAGAAGUUGUUGCAGUCGGGAUCAAGUGACCCUUCUGACCAGCCAGAGAGUGAGGAGCCAGUGGAAGCCUGGGGUGUUCAGAGUUCUAGGGAGAUUCCAGAUAUUGCUUUCCUUGGCUCCACAGACACACACUCCUUCAAGGAUGAGGGAGCCGUGCAGUCUGACUAUGCAGACCUCUGGCUUCUGAAUGACUUGAAAUCCAACGAUCCAUACCGAUCCUUGUCAAACUCCAGCACUGCUACGGGUACAACAGUCAUCGAAUGCAUAAAGUCACAGGAGAGCUCAGAGUCACAGACUUCCCAGUCUGGCUCGAGGGCCACCACACCUUCACUACCACCUGUGGAAAAUGAAUUCAGACUGCCCUCCCCAGAGAAGCUAGUAGGUCUGGCAUCCCCUUCUAGUGGCUACUCAAGCCAGUCAGAGACACCAACAUCUUCUAUGCCAUCUGCUUUCUUUCCAAACCCUAACCCCAUCUCCCCCACUGGUGGAAAGAGGAAGCCAAAAGUCCCAGAGAGAAAGUCCUCUCUUGCUUCACUGCAACAUCGUACAUCCAAGAGGGACCUUGAGCUACCCAUUAUACCUCCUACCCAUCUUGACCUAAGUGGCCUUCACAGUGUCAACAAGCCUUCAACCCAUAGGAACCACAUGCACAUCUUUCACCAGAACAAACAGAAGGUGGCUGCAGCAAAAGCUGAGGGCGGAGCUUCAUUGGCUGCAAAAGUUGAAACUGACAGCACCGGUCCAUUAGUAAUUACCCCUAUGGUGCUUCGUUCAGUGCAGCUACGCUCGGUUGGCAAACCUGGUGAAGAAAACCAUGAUCGGCCUUGUACAGAUGCUUCCACUAGACCCAAGUGCCCAACUGUAACUAUUGUCACUGAACCCACCAAUAGUAAACCCCAUGAAACCAGGAAGCCCCCACCCUACAGACCCCUGACCACUGAAACCUCCUCUAAGGACAACUGUGAAUCACUGCUUAUUCUUGCAGAUGGACCAGCUUCUGGGAGUUUGGUGAGCCAUCUUAGUGCUAGAAACCGAUAUGACAGGUUAGCCCCAGUACAUCUUUCAAGUCUGACUGCUUUCAGUGCAACUUCUGAAGAGGGGAACCAAGAUGACAUCACAGCUGACAUAUCAGAGAACACAGUGGAACAAAAGGUAUCUUGUGACCAAGACACAAGUACUUCAAAGGAGAUUUCCCCUCAGAACAGUGUAGAAGCAGAGAAGGGCCAACCAGGGAGAUCUGAGGCAACAGAAGAAAACACAGCAGUAUCCCCAUCUGAUCAUCAUGGUAUAGUGAAGACCUCUGAGAGUCUUGACAAAGUGCCUGAUUUUAUGAGUCGAUCAUUACUGGAAUCAUUGCAAAUUAGUCCAAUCAGCGAUGCCAGUAAUCAAGGAAGGGAAUCACUGACAUCAAGUGUUCCAGCCAGAAGUGCCUCACAGUACAACAUGGAGGAAGGGUUGACGCCAGACACAGAGGGUUACUUCAGCAAAGAAUCCACACCUAGUGAUCCAACAGUGUCCCCUCAAACGGAUGAGGACGUUUUUCUUUCUCCUAGUAAAGCCCGCACAACAGAGGACCUCUUUGCCAUGAUUCACAGGUCAAAAAGAAAAGUCCUUGGCAGAAAGGACUCUGGAGAUAUGACAGUGAGAGGUCGUCCGAGUGCAGCUAGCAGUCCUUUAACCUCUCCCAGCACCCCUGUCACUCCAACAACUCCAACGAGCUCCCAGCGGACCCCAGGACCAAUUUACAGGAGCGCCAAGAAGUCCAGUACCUCCAACGAGGAAUUUAAACAGCUGCUGCUGAAAAAGGGAAGUCGCUCAGAUUCCAGCUACCGCAUGUCUGCCACAGAGAUUCUAAAAAGUCCCAUUGCUUCCAAAAGUUUCAGCGACUCUCUUGCAGAGGGCUCCAAACAACCCGAAGAGUUUCCCUCACCCUUGCAGCUGCAGUCUCCUGAGGGAACCCCUGAGCAAUUCCCAAGCCCCUUCCCAAAAGUCAGUGUGGAGGGCUUCACCACAAAAGUUUUUCCCACUGGCUCUUCCAGACCAGGCCGCUCAAGGAUACCGCCAGCUUCAAACAGCAGUCGGUACAGCACACGCAGCCGACUGUACACGGCACCCAUGCAAGCGAUUUCUGAGGGAGAAACAGAAAACUCAGACGGGAGUCCACACGACGACCGUUCUUCUUAAGCAAAACUAAAAAAAGCACCUUCUACUAUCAGCCACUAAACAAGAACACAAAUCUUUUUGAACUUUUUAUGAAACCAGUUACAUAUUUUUGAUUCUCUUUUUAAAGCAGAAAUGAUAGACAUCUUCUGCCGAGUUUAUACCCUUUUGUAGCUCUGAGGAAAAAAAGAAAAAAACAGAAGUGUGCAGAGAGAUUAUGUUUCAUUUGCAAUGUAACACUUCCAUCAUAUUUGUUUCACUCACUCACUUUUUUAUGUGCGACCGGGACUUUGCUUAUGUUUCUGGAGCAUACGUGUGUUAACUGACAUUACAAAUUUCACCAAGUAUGGUGUCAAAAUAAUCACACAGUCAUCUUAUAAGCAUAUGCAGUACAUCACUUGCUGUCUAAGAGCACAGCAAUCUAUAUUGUAGAGUUGCUCAGUCACAAAAAAAUGGAGAAUAAAAUUGUAUGGGCAUACAAUGUUAUGUAGCUACGUACAUAAACGUAAACAUGUCCAAGACAGAAAAACGUAGGACAAUCAAAAAGUGGCCUUUGUUUGUUGUAGCAACAAUGAGUCAGCUUCCUCAACAUCUGAGAUAACUGCUUAUCCUUCUAGGUCACGGAGGGUGCUGGAGUCUAUCCCAGCGGUCUUACCACAACCCUAGCUGGAUUAAUCAGUUUAAGAUGAUGAUGAUGAUGAUGAUGAUGAUCUCAGAUGACCAGUCCAGCGUUAGAUAGAAUUCACAGUCAUUUGGCUGGAAAUUUUGCUACGUAGGUUUAUCCUAUUACUAUUUUGCACUUCUUUCAAUUUCUAGCCGAAAUUAUAACAGAGUUUUAUAGUAAAAUACCUUAAAAAAAGAAAAACAUUUUAAGCAAAUUUAAAGCAGAAAAUAAUUUAAUAACUCAAAAUAGGCUUAAUUUAUCAAGCAUAUCAGCUAAAUGAGCUCAGAUCAGUGAGUGAAGAAUGAUUUUACAGAGAUUUUUCUGAACUUUUCUGAAUUAAUCUUAUUGAAUCAACACAGCUGUGAAGUUUAUUAGUAUCAUUUAAAUAUUAAUUCUCUGCAAAGCAAAUAACCUAAAAGAAAUAUGCAAUGGUAGUGAAAUAAUGUGGUUGUCCUUCUUAGGUGCAGAUCAAUCUAUUUAAUUUAACUGCAAAUUGAAGAAGACUGUGAAAUGAGAACGAGACCAUUUCACAUCUAGAAAUUCUGGAAUUCAAAAACUGAUGCAAUUGAUGCUCUUUUCAGUUUAGAUGUUAAUAAAUAUGACAUGCAGUUUCAAAAAAACAUUCUAUGCUCAUUAUAUAUGCUAAAUGAGGCCCAAACAGAUCUUGCAUACACACAUACUUGGAUGCACAUGCUUGUAUAAGCAUAUACAGUUAUAUGCAAAAGUUUUAACACCCUUGGUCAAAUGUUCUGCUGAAAACGUUGUGUGAACAUUAAUUAACACAUCUUCUACAGGGAGCACACUUGGCAUUUUAAAUUAGUGUACAACAUAUCGGAACCAAUAAAAAUAAUAAAAAUAAAAUAUAAAAUUACGUUUGCACACAUUUUAUACUAAACUUUUCCACCAGUAUCUUACAUUCAGUAAGUAAACAGUGAUUGUGCAUUAAAAUGUGCAGAACUGUGUUCUCUGUAGAGGGUUCAGCCCUGCGCCCGUCCCCCGAGCCCCGAUGACAGCCACGAGAGCCGGCGGGAAGGCAGGGCCCGAAUCUUGACCUCUGCUGAGGGACAUGAGUGAUGGCGGGAGGAGGACGUCAGCCGCCAGAGACGGGACGAAGGCUGGAAGUGAGCCCUGAAGUCCGCCACCCCCUGCUCACUUGCGAUUCUGCAGUUCCCGCCAUUCUUUGGGGCUUUCACGGUCGUCAUCAGGGCCUGGGGGAUGGGCGCAUUCCACAAGGAUGUAUUCACUUACUUUUACUUAGAAAAUCAACAAAAUGUCAUUUGACCAGGGGUGCCCACUCUUUUGCACACGACCGUACAUUGGUUAAAAGAUUUAGUCGCAAAACUGUUAAAACACUACACCACAAUGUUUGUAUUUUUUUGAUGAAUUCCUUCAAAAGGAGUGUGCCAGUUCUUUCUGAUUGAUCAAAUAAGCCCAAGUUCAAUAGUGAAAUUAAAUAACCUGUGAAAUGCAUCAGUAUGAACGAUUUGGGAUAAAGCGAGCAGUGCUUUGGUCACUGGAGUACUGAUUCUUCACACGCUGAAUUAAUAAUUAAUUCACAUUUUUAAGUGACCUCAUGUCAGCACUAGCACUGUGUAAACUAGGAUGGGAAGACGAUCGGAGUCUAAAAGCAUACACGACCGUGUUUUAAACCAGCGUGUCUUGAUGUGAUGAUGUUUUGGUCCUUUUUUCCUGUUUCCCUCUAGUGGCCAUUGAAUGAACUGCAUGCAAUAAAUAUCCAGACACAGUGGUGACAGGUUACUAUAAAACGUUGGUGUUGGUAUCGUCAGUUCGCUAGAAUUCGUCUUGUAUGUGGAGUGGCUGUGGGAUUACAUGGUGUAUUUCAUUGUAAAUUCAUUGUUUUGUCAUCCAUACAGUAUGAAUAUUUUGGCAUAAACCUUUAGCAAAAGUAGAAGAAAACAAAACAAAAGCAGUAAACUGCGAGUGAAGUGGAGCAAGGUUUAAACAAGUGUAGAGGGUCAAGUUUUAAGUCAAGCUUUAAAGGACAGCGGGGCGAGUGGUCAGGCGUUUGGACUGCAAUUCUGAUCUGGGUGUGAAAGUUGAGAAGGCAAGGAGGAAAGUUCAGAAGUAGCCUAGUUUAAGUGGUGAGUUUGAGAGUAAGAAGAAACUGAGUUUUUUAAGGGGGAGCUUUUCUAAAUUUCAGCAUAAUUCAGUGGUUGAGAUGUAAACAAAGUGAUUCAGAGUGGUUUGGUGUGAAAUGGUUCAGAUGUCUUUACAGUGGUGGUGAUAGGAACCAGGGGUCGCCAUGACUACAACACAAAUAUAGACAUUUUAUUUACUAUCAAAACCACCGGUGAACCUACACGAGUCUGAGUGUUAUAUGGAUUGUUGAUGCUGGCAAAAUAGUGGAAAAUCUGAAAAAUAUGUUUAUAUUUAUGGACAAUUUCCCCCCCCCUUUAACAUCCUGCAAGGGUUUUAGGCCAAAAUGUUCUUAAAACUAUCAUAAAAUAGUGUCUCAGUCAUCAGGCAGUGAAUUCAUAACCAUUUAAUGUAGUAACUUUCUGUGAGGGAGCUUUUAGAGUUGGACGUCUGGUUCCUAUCACCACCAUUAUGAACAAUUCUAUAAAUCUAGAACAGAGCAUUUCAAGUUAAUGGCUUUGUUUACACCUUAAAGCUGCCGUCUGUAAGUGUUACGUAUUAAUACAGGCUCAAAAAGGUCCGGCUGGAUGUUUAGAUCUCAAAUACUUGUCUUUGAAUUCUCUUUCAAUCAUCAGAUUCAUCCCCUCAGUGAAAGGGAUGCAUGUUGUGUGCAAUUACAGAUUUCCACCAGAGAGGUCUCCAAAUCCCCAAAUCUUACACAGUGCAGCUUUAACCAUUUAAUUAUGUAGAAAUUGAAAGAACAGAGAAGUUCCCCUUUAAGUUGGCUCAGAAGCAGCAAUUAGGUUACAAAAGGAAGGUUAGGGGUACAAAACCCUCUGGAGGUAAAAAUCCAUGGAGCAAAGUCAUGUCUGACUGAGAGAAAAGGCAAGUCUGUAGUGUAGGUUUCUCUAAGUGUCUCAGUAGGAAUGUUUAGGCAGUUUUGACUUGUUUGUAGUUUCCUGUUUUAUUUAUGACUACAAUUUAAGGCAACUUCAAUUGUGCAUCACAGAAAAAACGAAAUCUAAUUUUUAUUUUAUUGUCGGUACUAACCCUAACAAAGAACCUUAAAAGAUACUGCUAACUAUGAAAUAUUGAGGUGAGACAUUUUUUAUUUAUGGAAUUACAUUUUAUCAUCAGAUGAUUAAGCUUUAUUGAAGUAACACUGGUGCAGAAGAGAGUUUUAACCACUUUAAAGUCAAAUUAUAAAGAUAUAAGCUAAUGUUUGUAUGUCCUGUUAGCUCCUUCUCCAAAUGGUUGUAUCCUAUUCUUUCUUUCUUUCUUUCGUUCUUUCUUUCUUUCUUUUUUUAAGUGCUGCUCUCCAAGGGGUGAGUGCUGAACCCUUAACUGCAGCAGGCCACAGUGGUCAGAUCAUAUUCACUGUUCUGAUUUAGCUGAAGCUACUAACCAGUGAAAUCAAGCUGAGUUGAUUAAGUCACUUAACUACAGGGAUGUGGUUUAUAAUUGAGCUAGAAAUAAUAGUGGCUUUAAAACGGCGUUACACUCAGAAUAAAGGUCUAAAUGGGGCUUUAGUGGUACAGUCUUGUGCAAAAUUAUUGGCACCCCUGGUCAAUGUUGAUUUGUGAAAGUGAGGCGACACGUCCUCUGCUAGGACUGAGUAUCGAGAUGCCGGACUUUUAUGGCACCGAUUGAAUUACUUUUAUUACUUCAAAGGCGUUGAAAACUUUUGGAAUUCAAUAACAAAUUUCAAAUCUUUUUAUUAGCCUGAUACUGAUCAAUAUCGAUAUCAAUAUCAAUCAGUAUCAAUCAGUUUCAAUAUUGAUAACAGAAUCAGCUGAUACUCAAGGUUUCAAUAUCUAUAUCAGUAUCAGCUGAUACUCAAGGUUUCAAUAUCUAUAUCAGUAUCAGUUGAUACUCAAGGUUUCAGUAUCAAUAUCAGUAUCAGCUGAUAUUGAUACUGGUUUCAAUAUUGAUAACAGAAUCAGCUGAUACUCAAGGUUUCAAUAUCAAUAUAUCGGCUAAUAUGUCAGUAUCGAUUUCAAUAUCGGCCGAUACUCAAUGUUCUAAUAUCGAUAUCGGCUGAUACUCAAUGUUUUAAUAUCGAUAUUGGCCGAUACUCAGUGUUUUAAUAUCGAUAUUGGCCGAUACUCAGUGUUUUAAUAUCGAUAUCGGCUGAUACUCAAUGUUUUAAUAUCAAUAUUGGCCGAUACUCAGUGUUUUAAUAUCGAUAUUGGCCGAUACUCAGUGUUUUAAUAUCGAUAUUGGCCGAUACUCAAUGUUUUAAUAUCGAUAUCGGCCGAUACUCAAUGUUUUAAUAUCGAUAUCGGCUGAUACUCAAUGUUUUAAUAUCGAUAUUGGCCGAUACCCAGUGUUUUAAUAUCAAUAUCGGCCGAUACUCAAUGUUUUAAUAUCGAUAUCGGCUGAUACUCAAUGUUUUAUUAUCGAUAUCAGCCAAUACUCAAUGUUUUAAUAUUGAUAUCGGCCGAUACUCAAUGUUUUAAUAUCGAUAUCGGCCGAUACUCAAUGUUUUAAUAUCGAUAUCGGCUGAUACUCAGCGUUUCAAUAUCAGUAUCGGCCAACAAUGAUACUGACCCUUAAGUAUCGGCCAGCACUGCUGCUAAUAUUGAUGCUGAUACCGAUAUUGAAACACUAUCAGUAAAACAGAACGUGGCAUCAUCACCACCUCUGUUUUUUAUUCCUUGUAGAGGACGUGUUCGGCAAAGUUGUUGUUUGCAACUAGAAAAUGACCAGAAAUGCGUACUUUGUCCAGAGUUGCUGUACGUUUACUCUUCAUUUAUAAGCCGAUACGCUGCACGAGCACUAGUUUCCUCGCCGGCCCUUCUCUCGGCUCUGAUCUUAAACGAAACGCUAGAGCAGGCGCACUACAAAGGGAACAAGACGAAGGCAGUUGGCGGACGUGUCUGGCAUCAUGACGUCCGCAGGAGAGCUGCUUUACUGACGGUUUACACUGAAAACGCAGCGGAUAACUGUCUGGCGCAGCUCUGAACACCAUCAUUCCAGCAAGCAUAACCUUGGUAUUGCACUGAUAUCGUGGACUGUGUGAAGUUUAUUUUGUCUUUUGCUGUACCUUAAACUAUUUAUGGAGGAUUUCUACACGAGACUGUUUGAAAUUUUAUUUGAAAAACUAAACAAAACCCAAAUUAAGGAACCCGCUCCUUACAUCUGCGCACCAAGUGGCUUGAGAGUUAGCUGUGCUGGUGCAUGAACGUGGAGAGUAACAGCAGUGGUCACUGUUUCAGUGAGAAGGAGAGCCGCAGUGCGUCUGUGGUCCCGGUACGAGCUGCGCCUCACUCAGACCGAACACUCUGAACAAACUAGAAAAGCAUCACUUUUGUAUUUUUUUGUACAGAUUUGUAAAUAUGACCUUUUUAAAAUGUUGCGAUGCUGUUUCUUUUGUAAU